AUGAGCCUAGUAGAAUCUCAGACGCCAUGGAUAUGGACCCCAAUAGAGAGAAACUGCCUCUCUCUCCUCCAGGCCAAGCCCCCUCGCCGCGCUGCCCUCCUCCAAAUCCACGCUUUCAUGCUCCGGAACUCCCUUUUCACCAAUCUCAACCUCGUCGCCAAGCUCAUCGCCGCCCUCCCCUCCGCCGACCCACACGGUGGCGCUCGCCACGCCCGCCGCCUGUUCGACCGGACGCCCCACCGCUUUUCCGACGCCUUCCUCUGCAACACCAUGAUGAAGUCCCACCAGGCCUCCCGCCAGUUCUCGGAGGCCAUUGCCCUGUACGCCCGCCUCCAGAGAGCGGCGGCGGGCUUCUCGCCGGACAACCACACCUUCUCUACCCUGGCCAAGUGCUGCGGCAUCACCUCCUCCGCUCGGGAGGGGAUCUGUGUGCACGGCCACGUCAUCAAGUACGGGUUUGAGUCGAACAUGUACGUAGCGACCUCGCUGGUCGACAUGUAUGGGAAGCUGGGCCAGAUGGGCCACUCCCGGAAGGUGUUUGAUGAAAUGCCCGAGAGGAGCCCUGUCUCGUGGACUGCCCUCGUGGCUGGGUACAUCAGGAAUGGGGACAUGGGGACUGCAAAAGAGCUUUUCAACCUAAUUCCUGAACGCUGUAGGGACACGGCCGCGUACAAUGCGGUGAUUGACGGGUAUGUGAAGCUGGGGCAGAUGGGGCCCGCCAGGGUCCUGUUCGACUCCACACCGGACAGAAACGUGGUGUCCUGGACGGCCAUGAUCGACGGGUACUGCAGUUGUGGUAACGUGGAUGAGGCUAGGGUGCUAUUUGAUACCAUGCCAUGCAGGAACUUGUACUCGUGGAAUGCAAUGAUCGGAGGGUAUUCCCGGAACAAGCGUCCCAAUGACGCUGUUUCUCUAUUCCAGGAAUUUCUGGCUGGAAACUUUUUCGAAAUGGAUGACGUCACGGUCGUGAGCGUCCUUCCCGCCAUUGCAGAUUUGGGUGCUCUUCAUUUAGGGAAUCGGGUUUAUGAAUUCGUCAAGAGGAAGAAACUGGAUAGGUAUGCAAAUGUUUCGACUGCACUGGUCGAUAUGUACGCCAAGUGUGGGGAAGUCGAGAAAGCCCGAAGAUUUUUUGAUGGCGCUCGAGCAAGAGAGACGAGCACUUGGAAUGCCCUGAUUAACGGUCUGGCUCUCAACGGGCGUGCAAAGGAGGCAUUGGAUGUGUUUGUGACCAUGAGGGGAAACGGGUUCAAGCCGGAUGAGAUUACCAUGCUUGGCGUCCUCUCGGCCUGUAACCAUGGUGGUCUUGUGGAGGAAGGGAAAGGGUAUUUUCGUAAAAUGGAGAAAUUCAAAUUGGUUCCUAAAAUCGAGCACUAUGGCUGCCUAGUGGAUCUCUUGGGACGGGCCGGGCGUCUGGAGGAAGCCGAGAGGCUGAUCGAGAGCAUGCCUUAUGACGCGAACGGGAUUAUACUUAGUUCUCUUUUGUUUGCGUGUGGGUGUGCUAAGGAUGUGGCCAGGGCGGAGAAGGUGGUUGAGAAGGCGUUUGUGAUGGAGCCGGCUAAUGAUGGCAAUUACGUGAUUUUGAGGAAUUUGUAUGCAUCCCAAAGGAAGUGGAGGGAUGUGGAGAGGAUCAAGAGGCUGAUGGUGGUGGGAGGGGCUAAGAAAGAAGCAGGCUGUAGCGCAGUCGAGGUCGAUGGACAACUUUGGGAGUUUAAUGCGGGAGAAGGUGCGCACCCGCACGCGGAGGUGGCACGAUGGGUGUUGAAUUGGCUGCGGUUUCACAUGGAGGUGCGGGGCGCACUUGUUGAUGCAGCCAUGGCAGAUGAGACUCUUACAAAUGAGGAAAUACAAGUGACAGAGCUCUCUGAGGAAGCUCAAGGCAAUGGGGUUCCCAUUAAGAUAAUAGAAAAGGAUAUUGCUGAAGAAACAAAGAAAGAUGAGGAAACAACCCUUGAUGGGGAAUUCAUAAAGGUGGAUAAAGAGUCCCUCGACGUAAAAUACCGUUCAAACGCUGAGGAAAAAUCGUCUGCGGUCGAGCACACAAAAACAGAUCCCGAGCCCACGCGGGAGCUGCUGGAAUCACAGGAAAAAAUCAAGGAGCUCAAAAGUGAACUGCAAAGACUUUCUCACUCGGCAAAGGAGGCUGAGUCCGAGAACACCCACCUGAAGGACGAACUCCAGCAGACCAAAGAGAAGCUCCUAGAAUCUGAAAAGAAGCAUGAGGAGCUCGAGGUCAGCCAUAACGACCUGCUCGAAAAAUUCACGGAUGCUGAAAACAGGUACCGUGAUCAGCUCAAGACUCUUCAGGAGUCGUUACAAGCUCAUGAAGUGAAGCACAAGGAGUUGGCCGAUGUGAAAGAGUCCUUUGACCGUUUGACCCUCAAGCUCGAGACAUCUAGCAAGAAGAUUCAAGCGCUGGAGCUUGAAUUGCAAAAUUCAUCUGAAGAAGCCCGGAAAUACGAGGAGCUGCACAAGCAAAGCGGUUUAGAUGCUGAGGCUGAAACAAAAAAGGGUUUUGGAAUUCGAAAAUUUGCUUGA